CCGGGAUCCCGGGCGUCGGUUCGGCGGCGCGGCCGCGGCCGGGGUCUAUCAGGUGAGGUGGAAGGGUCUGACAUCUAUUCCCGAUGCCAAGUGUGUGAUCUUUGGCUACAUGACUCCCUGAAGGAUAAGAACAAUGCUAUGUUGGGGAUAUUGGUCUCUGGGCCAACCUGGUAUAAGUACCAACCUGCAAGGGAUUGUGGCUGAGCCACAGGUGUGUGGAUUCAUAUCUGAAAGAAGCGUCAAGGAAGUCGCCUGUGGAGGAAACCACUCUGUCUUCUUGCUGGAGGAUGGGGAAGUGUAUACUUGUGGCCUGAACACCCAGGGACAGCUGGGCCACGAGAGGGAAGGAAACCAGCCAGAGCAAAUUGGAGCUUUGGCAGAUCAGCACAUUAUCCAUGUGGCCUGUGGCGAGUCGCACAAUCUGGCCCUCAGUGACCGGGGCCAGCUUUUCUCUUGGGGUGCAGGGAGUGAUGGGCAACUGGGACUCAUGACCACCGAGGAUUCCGUGGCUGUGCCCAGGUUAAUACAAAAGCUGAAUCAACAAACAAUAUUACAAGUUUCCUGUGGCAACUGGCAUUGCUUGGCUCUUGCAGCUGAUGGGCAGUUCUUCACAUGGGGAAAGAACAGCCAUGGGCAGCUGGGCCUCGGGAAGGAAUUCCCCUCGCAGGCCAGCCCACAGAGGGUGAGGUCCCUGGAAGGGAUCCCGCUGGCUCAGGUGGCCGCCGGAGGUGCUCACAGCUUUGCCCUGUCUCUCUCAGGAGCUGUUUUUGGUUGGGGUAUGAAUAAUGCAGGGCAGCUAGGACUCAGUGAUGAAAAAGAUCGAGAGUCUCCUUGUCACGUGAAGCUGUUAAGAAUGCAAAAGGUGGUCUAUAUUACUUGUGGAGAAGAACACACAGCAGUCCUCACAAAAAAUGGAGGUGUAUUUACCUUUGGUGCUGGUUCCUGUGGGCAACUUGGACAUGACUCCAUGAAUGAUGAGGUUAACCCAAGGAGAGUUCUAGAACUGAUGGGCAGUGAAGUAACUCAGAUUGCUUGUGGCAGACAACAUACCUUAGCCUUUGUGCCUUCUUCUGGACUCAUCUAUGCAUUUGGUUGUGGAGCAAGAGGUCAAUUAGGUACUGGCCACACUUGUAAUGUCAAGUGCCCAUCUCCUGUGAAGGGUUACUGGGCUGCCCAUAGUGGCCAGCUUUCAGCUCAAGCUGAUCGCUUUAAAUAUCACAUUGUUAAGCAGAUCUUCUCUGGAGGAGACCAAACUUUUGUACUUUGCUCCAAAUAUGAGAAUUAUUCUCCCGCUGUUGACUUCAGGACUAUGAACCAAGCACAUUAUACCAGUUUAAUAAAUGAUGAAACAAUAGCGGUUUGGAGACAAAAACUCUCAGAACAUAACAACGCAAAUACAAUCAAUGGUGUUGUUCAGAUAGUGUCUUCCGCAGCCUGUUGGAAUGGAAGUUUUCUUGAAAAAAAAAUUGAUGGGCAUUUUAAAACCAGCCCUAGAGUCCCUGGGAUUGACCUGAACUCAACGAGAGUGUUGUUUGAGAAGUUAAUGAAUUCUCAGCACUCAUUGCUUCUAGAACAGAUCCUAAAUAGCUUUGAAAGUUGCCUGAUUCCCCAGCUGUCGAGUUCGCCACCGGAUGUUGAAGCAAUGAGAAUCUAUUUAAUACUACCUGAGUUUCCACUGCUCCAGGAUUCCAAGUACUACAUCACCUUGACCAUUCCUUUGGCGAUGGCCAUUCUUCGGCUCGAUGCAAACCCCAGCAAAGUAUUAGAUAACUGGUGGUCUCAGGUUUGCCCAAAAUAUUUCAUGAAGCUGGUAAACCUCUAUAAAGGCGCAGUCGUUUAUCUACUGAGGGGAAGAAAGACUUUCUUAAUCCCUGUACUGUUUAACAAUUACAUGACAGCGGCUCUUCAGCUCUUGGAGAAGUUGCACAAGGUAAAUCUGAAAGUGAAGCAUGUGGAAUAUGAUGCCUUUUACAUUCCUGAGAUCUCCAGUCUCGUGGACAUUCAGGAAGACUACCUCAUGUGGUUCUUACAUCAGGCAGGGAUGAAGGCUAGACCAUCUAUAAUACAGGAUGCUGUAACACUUUGUUCCUACCCCUUUGUCUUCGAUGCCCAAGCAAAGACCAAAAUGUUACAGACUGAUGCUGAACUACAGAUGCAGGUGGCCGUUAAUGGUGCGAACCUGCAGAAUGUCUUCAUGCUGCUCACCCUGGAGCCUCUGCUGGCCAGAAGCCCCUUCCUGGUCCUUCACGUCCGCAGGAACCACCUCGUGGGAGACGCCCUGAGAGAGCUGAGCAUCCACUCCGACAUCGAUUUGAAAAAACCUCUCAAAGUAAUCUUCGAUGGGGAAGAAGCAGUGGAUGCAGGUGGUGUAACAAAGGAGUUCUUUCUUUUGCUAUUAAAAGAACUUUUGAAUCCCAUCUAUGGAAUGUUUACCUACUACCAGGACUCAAAUCUCUUAUGGUUUUCAGAUACGUGUUUUGUAGAGCACAACUGGUUUCACUUGAUUGGCAUAAUCUGUGGACUAGCUAUCUACAACUCCACCGUGGUUGAUCUCCACUUCCCAUUGGCUCUCUACAAGAAGUUACUGAAUGUAAAGCCCGGUUUGGAAGACUUAAAGGAACUGUCCCCCACUGAAGGAAGGAGUCUUCAAGAGCUUUUAGAUUACCCUGGGGACGAUGUCGAGGAGACUUUCUGCCUCAACUUCACGAUCUGUCGAGAAAGCUAUGGAAUCAUUGAACAGAAGAAAUUGAUACCUGGGGGAGAAAAAGUGAACGUAUGUAAGGAUAACAGGCCGGACUUUGUGGAAGCUUACGUGAAUUAUAUCUUCCAAAUCUCAGUUCACGAAUGGUACACAGCCUUCUCUAGCGGCUUCCUGAAGGUGUGUGGUGGCAAAGUCCUGGAGCUCUUCCAGCCUUUAGAGCUGAGGGCCAUGAUGGUGGGGAACAGCAAUUACAACUGGGAAGAGCUGGAAGCGACUGCCACCUACAAGGGAGAUUAUUCAGCCGCACACCCGACUGUGAGGCUAUUUUGGGAAACAUUUCAUGAGUUCCCACUGGAAAAGAAGAAGAAAUUUCUCUUGUUCCUGACGGGCAGUGACAGGAUCCCCAUCUACGGCAUGGCGAGCCUGCAGAUCGCCAUCCAGUCCACAGCCAGCGGAGAGGAGUACCUGCCAGUGGCCCACACCUGCUACAACCUUCUCGACCUUCCCAAGUACAGCAGCAAGGAGAUUCUGCGCGCUCAGCUGACUCAGGCCCUGGACAACUAUGAGGGGUUCAGCUUGGCCUGAGGCCCCCUGGCUGGCCUCAGAUGUCCCUUUCCUCCUCAGUGUCCACAUUGAGGCCUGUGUGGAAAAUCUUCAGGAGUGGUUUCUAUUUUUUUAUUGCAUAAGUGACUAGGGACUUUUGAAUCCUGAGCCACGUUGAUGUGGUCUCUGGGGUUGUGGGCAGUAACCCUUUGGGCAAAACCCAGCAUUAGGGAUGGGGUGACAAGUGGCCCUUGUCCAGGGCCUUUAUGUUUUGUUCACCAAGUACCCAGUGCUUCCUGCGCUCAUGACUGCAUUGUUCUCGGAGAGCUAAGUCGGCAGUGGCUCCUUCAUCUCUUUUCCUGGUCCCCAGUUCUUGUCACAUGACUCCCUUCUUUGGCCAUCCCUUAGCGUCUCAUUCCUCUGCAAGAACAGUUUUGACUGACUGGUCUGUCCCUUCUGACCUGAGCGUGCAGGAGGUCUCCUCUCUGCGACCAUGUGACUUGGCACGUCCCACAAGAGGAGGCAAGGACUAUAUCCGUUCCAAAAGGCUGAGACUGGGUCCAGGAUGUGGGUGGCUCCCUGGAGAACAUAUGGGAGCAUUUUAUGAGCACAUCUCUCUUUUUCAGGGAGCGGGGAGUUCUUGAGAGAAGCAUUCUUCGUAUGCCUGUGCCUAGUUCCCUGAAAUGGGUGGAGUAGUUUGCAGUUGCAGCCAAGCCGAAGGUUUGUGUUGCUCGGCCAUGUCCCUUGUACAAGAAGGUGGAGGGACAGGCUCCCCCAGCCUGUCCAUUUGCUCACUUUGGGACAUUGAGUUCAUUUUUCUAUGUCUUCUCCAAAAAAAAUUAGAAAUGGUCAGUUCUUGUGUCUGCUGCC